CCACAUCAUUGCAUUCUGUUUUUUAUUCACAAUUUGUACAGUAUCCCAACUUUUUUGGAAUCGGGUUUGUUUAUAGAUAUAUAUAUUUAUUUGUAAUUUAGGUAUUGAUUGUGGAGCAGAUACCAGAGUUUUUGGCUCAGCUCAGUGAUGCUACAGUGCAGAAUAAUCAGGAGAUAACACAUUCUCCUCUGACUGUCCAAACAAUUGUUGGGAUACUUGUAAACAUUGCUAGUAUCUCACAGAACAUUAUUAUCAAUAAGCCUGUAAUAGAGGUAUGUAUAUUUAAGGUACUGUACAUAUUGAAUGUGUGUUCUACAAAGCUUAUGUUUGUUAUAGUGACUGAAUUUAAUACUUAUACUGUAGCCUAUAACAUGAGCAGUUUUUAUUUCUUCACAUAGUGCCAUUCUUUUCAGUUUUACAUUCAAGAAAGUCUUUGUGCAUAUGUACAUUAUCUUCAUUCUCCCAUCCUAUGAAAUGUUUUUACUAAACAUGGUUCUAUUUCUAUUUCAUUUCCAGAGUUUCCUUAAAACAGUGGAUAUCCUUGUUACAUAUAUUGCCGCUGCAUCAUGGCAAAGUUUGGCGAAAGAAAACACAAGCAUUUCACUUCUAAGCGCUAUUGAUAAUAUAACAGCCCAUCUCUCAAAUGGCAAUUUUACAAUUACUAAAACAUCCAUUGAGUUGAAUAGAGCUGUAAUAAAAAACUCAUAUAUCAGGAAAUCAACCCUGCCAAACUCAGCUACUGAGAUUCUGAUACCACAGGUUCUUAAAACAACCUCCUUAACCAUUAUUGUCUUCACAAAUCUUGACAAAGUCUUACCUAGUCGUGAUACUAUUAAUAAUAGUAGAAAAUCAGAUGUGCGCAUCAAUGGAGAUGUGGUUAUUGUUAAGGUUAAUGAAACGCUUCACAACAUUUCUUUUGUGUUUGACAUUACUAAUCAGUCUUUGGGAAAUCCUCAGUGUGUCUUUUGGAACUUCAGUCUUGAUGCAUGGGAUUCCACUGGAUGUGAAGUAAAGCCCUCAGUGAAUGAAACAGGCAAGAUUACAUGUGAAUGCAACCACACAACCUCUUUUUCAAUCCUAAUGUCACCGUUUUCCAUUGAUCACAUAGCUUUAGCCUAUAUAACUUACAUUGGUGUAGCUAUUUCAAUGGCCAGCUUGAUUUUGUGCCUCAUUAUUGAGACUAUUGUGUGGAAGUCAGUGACAAGAAAUUACACAUCCCACAUGGGACAUGUCUCCAUGGUCAACAUUGCCGUGUCCCUGCUGAUCGCAAACAUCUGUUUUAUCAUUGGAGCCACAAUCACAGAUCAAGAGCAGCCAACCUCAGUGGGUCGCUGCAGUCCAGUGGUUUUCUUCAUGCACUUUUUUUACCUGGCUCUUUUCUUCUGGAUCUUAAUUUCAGCACUGUUGCUCUUUUACCGGACAGUCAUGGUCUUGUCCCAAAUGUCAAGGUUCAGAAUGAUGGCCAUUGCCUUCAUAGUUGGUUAUGGUGCACCUUUGCUCAUAGCGGUCAUUACUGUUGCGUCGACAGCUGGACCUCAAAAUUAUGUUUCCAAACAAGCGUGCUGGCUGAACUGGGAUGAAUCUAAGGCCCUGCUGGCAUUUGUGAUUCCAGCUCUCACUAUUGUAGCCAUAAACCUUGUGGUUUUGAUUGUGGUUCUGUAUAAGAUGUUGACGAGAGGAGUUGGUGCUGCAACUCAACCAGAUGAGAAACAUGCCCUGGUGGUCAUUGCCCGAUGUGUGGCCAUAUUGACUCCUAUCUUUGGUCUAACAUGGGGAUUUGGAAUUGGAACCAUGGUGUCCAGGGACUUAGGCAUUCAUGUGGUGUUUGCACUCCUCAAUUCACUGCAGGGAUUUUUUAUUUUGGUGUUUGGAACGCUUUUAGACAGCAAGAUCCGUGAGGCACUGGGAGGAAGGCUGUCACUAAGGAACCUAACCAGCUCUAUCCAUACCAGGAGUACAAGUGCAGGACCAUCAUCUUCAAGUGGACCAGGUUUCUUUCAAAGGAUGCAUAGGAGAAAUGUUUACAACUUAUCUAGAGCCAGUGUUUUCUCAACUACAUCUUCAAACAGCUCCAGUGGCUCAGAUACUUUUAUGAAUGCAUAAUCGGCUAUUAUCUAGCCUACUUUAUUAACCAUGAAACAGCUUUUCCAAAAGAGCUUCCUAAACUGCAAGUAUAUGUAAACUGCACUGAAGAAAUGUAAAUGAAAAGAAAUGUCAUUUUUUUUCUAAAAAAAAAAAUAUUUAUUGGCAUUUGUUUGAACAUUAAAACAAUAAAAAAUAAAUAAAUAAAAUAAAAAUAAAAACACACACACAGGAAACCUAGAACAAAAUUAAAACAUAAAAUAAAAAAGUAAAUACAUUUAUAUACAUCACAUUCCACUGCCUUUCAUUAUGUAGUUUAACUUUGCUAUUUUACCAGUUAUUGGUUGUUUUGCUGGAAUACAAGAACUGCAUUAUAUAUUGGACAUGUCCAUUACAAAAGAGAAAAUAGGUGGGUAGUUGAAUUACCACAGGUUAUCUGAUCCACUUGGUUGCAGUAGUGUAGAAAAGGAGUCCAAAUUUUAUAAGUCUUUUAGUUUCCCUUUAACUAUAUGUCACUUUUUCCAAGGCAAGGUUGUUAGUCAUUUCUUUAAACCAUUGAUUAGGGGAGGGUCCUUGGGUCUCCUUCCAUUUUAAAGCAAGAACACGCUUGGCCUGAAGCAAACUAAAAUCAACUAAUUUGCGCUUCCUUGCAUUCACCUCCAAAUUUACUGGAUAUAUGAAAUAGACAAAAUUUGGGAGCAAGAGGGACAUUUUCUUCAGUCAAUUUACCAAUCAUAAGAACAACCUCCUUCCAGAAUCCUUGAAUCUCAUUACACUCCCAUAUACGGUAAUAAAGGGUACCAAUUUCUUGUUUGCAUUUUAAACAACUGUCUGGAAUAUUGGGAUUAAAUUGAUGUAAUUUGACUGAUGUAAUGUAGGUGCGAAGAAGCCAUUUAUAUUGCAGCAAUUUACACCUAGUAUUGACACUGUAAACAAGAUUCCAUCUAUUCUUCUUUAGAAAUAUCUUCCUCAGAUUUGUUUCUGAAAACGUAUUUAUAUGACCCAGACUGUAAAGUGUUAAAGAAAAUGAAGGAAAAUGUUACAAAUCCAAUAGUUCUAAACAUGGUAAGGGUGUGGCAUGAAACACAGAGAUAUUUGAAUAUCUUGUGUACAAAUUCAGUAUCUCGUCACUGCCCUAUAUGGGGAAAUGCAAAAUUCAUUCUGGACAGAUGUAGGCUUCAAAGUUUUAUUUUGUCAUUUCAGAAGUGUUUUAUAAAUAUACUGUACCACCUUUAUCCAUCUUGGAAAAGGAAGUCACCAAAAAUUGUUAUAGUUUGGGUCAGAUUACACUUUUAUAUAAUAUGUUUGUUGAAGGGUCGCAUGAGUCUGCAAACUCUCGAUUAGAAGCAUGGAGGAAGGACCUCAAUGAGGAAAUAUUAAUGACUGACUGGAAAGAGGUCUGUAGAGAUGCUCAGAUGCAAACUGUUAAUAUAAGAUUAUAAUUGUUACAGUAUAAUUGGCUAAUGCAAGUACUUGUAACUCCAGUAUUAUUAAAUAAAUUCAAUGAAAAUAUUACAGACAUCUAUCCUAAAUGCAAUUCAUGUAAAGGCAAUUUCUUUCAUUGUGUAUGGGAGUGUGAAGAGAUCUUAAAAUUCUGGAAGGGAGUGCAGAUUAUGAUAGAAAAAUUAACCAAUGGCACACUUUCUCUUGAACCAAAAAUAUUUAUAUUAAAUAGUAAUCUUAAUUUGAGGAGAAGAGAAUAUGUAUUUGUGUAUGUAUUUGUGAGUGUAAAUAUGUGUAUAUGUUGUUUUCCUUUAUGUUGAUUAAUUGUAUGUGAAUAUGUGGAUUUAUGUCAAAAGUUUGUGUUGUUAUAACAUGUCUUUGUUUUGUAAUCUAAAAAAGCAAUAAAAAUAUUUUUUUUU